GCUGAGAUAGGCUAACAAAAUGAACUACUGUAUGCAAGAAAUAUAUGAAGUGCACCCAGCUGCUGGUAGCAAUUGCUACAUGCAGUCCACUGAUUAUUGCACAUAUAUCGAAGAUAAUCAGGGUUACAGCAGUUGUGAUGCUCAGGUCCUGCACAGUAACAACAUAUAUAUGGAACAGGCCUGGGCGGUGAAUCAGCCUUAUACCUGUAGUUACCCUGGAAACGUGUUUAAAAGCGAGUACUCUGACAUGGACAUGGCCCUGAAUCAGUACAGCCAACCUGAAUUUUUCACAGAAGAAAAACCUACUUUUUCUCAAGUGCAAUCGCCAUCGUACUCUCAGAAGAAAGGGUAUAUACCCAGCUACUUAGACAAGGAUGAGCUAUGUGUAGUAUGUGGGGACAAAGCCACCGGAUAUCAUUAUCGCUGCAUCACUUGUGAAGGUUGCAAGGGUUUUUUUAGAAGAACCAUUCAGAAGAACCUCCAUCCAACCUAUUCCUGUAAAUAUGAAGGAAAAUGUGUGAUAGACAAAGUAACAAGAAAUCAGUGCCAGGAAUGUCGCUUCAAAAAAUGUAUCUUUGUUGGCAUGGCAACAGAUUUGGUGUUGGAUGACAGCAAGAGGUUGGCAAAGAGGAAGCUGAUAGAAGAAAAUCGAGAGAAGAGACGUCGAGAAGAGCUGCAGAAAACCAUUGGGCACAAACCAGAGCCAACAGAUGAGGAAUGGGAGCUCAUCAAAAUUGUUACUGAAGCCCAUGUGGCCACCAAUGCACAACUGAUGUUUGUGAAAAAAGGAUGAUUUUGCAUACCAGAAGAUAUUGGGCAGGCACCAAUAGUUAAUGCCCCAGAAGGUGGGAAAGUGGAUUUAGAAGCCUUCAGCCAGUUUACAAAAAUUAUCACACCAGCGAUUACAAGAGUGGUGGAUUUUGCCAAAAAGUUGCCUAUGUUUUGUGAGCUGCCAUGUGAAGACCAGAUCAUCCUUCUGAAAGGCUGCUGUAUGGAGAUCAUGUCCCUCCGAGCAGCAGUUCGCUAUGACCCCGAGAGUGAGACUUUAACACUGAAUGGGGAGAUGGCGGUGACAAGGGGCCAGCUGAAAAAUGGGGGUCUUGGCGUAGUGUCUGAUGCCAUUUUUGACCUGGGCAUGUCUCUUUCUUCAUUUAACCUGGAUGACACCGAGGUUGCCCUUCUUCAGGCUGUUCUGCUCAUGUCAUCAGAUCGCCCAGGCCUUGUUUGCGUCGAGAGAAUAGAAAAGUGUCAAGAGGGUUUCCUCCUGGCGUUCGAACACUACAUUAAUUACAGAAAACACCAUGUUGCACACUUUUGGCCAAAACUGCUGAUGAAAGUGACAGACCUGCGAAUGAUCGGAGCCUGCCAUGCCAGCCGCUUCCUGCACAUGAAGGUGGAGUGCCCCACAGAACUGUUCCCUCCGUUGUUCCUGGAAGUGUUUGAGGAUUAGAGAGACUCAAGUGGUUCUCUACACCCCCGUCGCACUACUGGCUGUCAUUUCAUCCCGUUGCCCAGCUCUUCUCACCUGUUUGGUCUUCUUCUUUCGUGGUCUUCUGUUUCUUGAGACGGGGCUGGGGUUUUGUUUGGGGUUUCUUUCGGGGUUACUGGGGGGCAAUUGUAUACACAUGGAUGAAAACAUCCCUUUAAUGCGGGUACUUGUGACUAUUGCAAUUUGUUCUUCAGUCUUUUGAUGUGAGUGCUUUGACAGCUUAACAGUGAAAAUAAGAACAGACCAAUCUCAUUCACCAGCAUUUGUGUGGUCACCAGCUCACACCCAUUAUUGCCUGGAAAACAGGGGAGAGAGAUUGAAGUGGCAGAAAAAUAAACUUGCCUUCAGGAUAAAACAGCUGUUAAUUUGACACUGACAAUUCUGUCUUGUAUUACCUCCUUUUGCAGGGUACAACUGACCAAAUCAUAAUAUGAAAUUUCUGGUCUUUGUGAUUGUUUCUAUUGUAACAAUUACCACUAUGAUUUAGGAUCUUCAUCAUCAUCAUGUUCCCAUCAUUCUCUGAUGCAGUUGCAGAUGAGUUUAACUGUGCCCCAUAAAUCAAGUACUUAAAAUAAUGUGGAGUGUUAGAAGGGACUGAGUGGUUUUUUUUCCAUGUGUAUAAGAUAUUAACAUCUUCAGUUACUAAAUUUGGACUCCAGGUAAACUUCACUGGAAGAUUUGUUGGAGUGAGGAAGGAAAUUUGAUCUGAGUUGCUUCUCCUGAUAGUGGAGGGGUCUGUUUUUUCUGAGGUGUGUGGAAAAUCCAUCACUCUGAGGGAGAAGGCUCUCUAUCAGGAUAGCAGGCAGUGUCUCAGAGUUAUUCAGGGAUAUGAGGGCUCCUAUAGAAUGAGGAUAAGGAGAGUGAAACAUAUAGGGUGAUCUUCAGAUGGGACAGAAACCAACUAUGUUAUUAACAACAGUCAAGACUGUAGAGCUUUAUCCCAGUAAUACAGAUAGUGUUGCUCAGCAGUAAUUCUUUGUUUUAUAUAUAUAUAUAUAUAUAAAGUUUAUAUGCACAUAUAUAUAUAUAAUUUUAUAUAUAUAUAAUUACAAAUCUUCAGCAGAUGUCUUAAACAUAUUUCCAUAUUUUUAUCUUCUCUCUCUCUCUUUUUCUCUGACUCUACCCUGUGUGUGUGUGCGUGAAUCAGCUGAGUUCUCCCUUCCUACAGGUGUGUCUGUAUGUGUUUCAUUAGGCUAGAUGCUCUCUUGAUUCCUUUAAUUUAUUUCCACUAACUGCACUAGCAGGAACCAAACUGAGCAAUGACAAAAUGUCCUGCUGCCGAAGUCUGCAAGCCAGUUCUCACAGUCCUGAAAUGUUUGGAGGCCAGUGAUGAGGACAUUGUAGGUAGAGGUUCCUCUCUGUCACCAUCUCCAUUCAGGGAUGCUGUCCCUGGGUUUUAUAAACUUGAUAUUAAACCAUCCUCUGAAUUUGUAUGACACAUCUAAAACAUCUUUCUGUUCUUCCUGGGCACCAGAGACUUAGUUCAUGUUUUUUGCACUGCCUCAUGCCCUAUUCUUUCAUGUUGUGCAUUGAUUUGUACCAGUUUCUUUCUCUGCUAUUUAUUGACCCAUUUGCCUGGCAAAUUGUUAGACUGGAUGUGUUGGCUUUCAAAGCUCAUGGCCCAUAUCUGAACCCAUAUCUUAUGUGUUUAUCCCCUCAUAAAAACAGGAUACUCAGGAAAACUUGUAGAUGGGACAUGAUUUAUGUGUGUCAGGAGUUAAAUUCUUUCUACCCUUCUUUCUCUACAUCAUUGAUAAAGCAUUUAGAGUGAUACUGGGCAUGUUGUUAGGGAUGUGGAAUCUUGUUCUCCCUGUUGUUUGAUAUCAUAUGCACCUGUGAUGUGCUAUGAGCACUAAUGUCAUCACUUAGGGGUUUUUUUGUCAGAACAUGAAACACAUUGGGGCGCUUAGGAGUGCUUUUGCAGCUAGCUGUGAAGACACACCAUUGGAGAUUAAUUCUUAAAUAUUUGGUGUAGAACCUCUUUUAUUGGCUGUGUUGGCUCCAUCUUAAAGCAUGUAUCUAAACAACAUCUCUAUUCAAAUUCCUUGUAGAGCACAGUCCUGGGGACAAAGAGUCAGAAACUGGCUUUUUGGAUAGGUGAUUUGGGGUGACUUGAUGGAGGACUUAAAGCAUGUAAUAGAGAACUCAGAAAAGCAGCUGAUCCCAUACUUACAUUGAUGGCUUCACAAUCUAGAAACAAAACAACACACUUUUGAGACAAUAUUAAUAUAGCAAGGAAUAUAAAAGCAGAAUUAGAGGCCUCCAGGUGUGAAUAUGGCAACAUGUACACAUGAUAUGGGACUUCUACAAUUUUAUAAGUUUUAUAAAUUCUACAAUUUUUAUAAGUUUAACAAAUUAGCAUUUUUAACAAUAAUGUCCAAUUCGAAGAGCAUUUAUUUAAGUAAUCCCCCCCUUUUGGUUCUGCCCAACCAAACCAAGUGGUUUGGAGCCACUCUGAGUUUCUAGCCCCAUAUUUAUUAUGUCUAGGAUACAUGGUAAAAGGAAAUAAGACUCCAUUUAAUCCUUGGCUUAAUACUUUUUAAUCCUUGGCUAAAGAGGCAAGACUAAAUAAUAUUUCAGGAAUGUAGCAUAAUAUGUCCUAGAAGGUUAUCUUAUUGGUCUAAAAUGUAGGGGAAAAGGGACAGGAAAAGUACUGGGAGCUACAGCCAUGUAUUAAAAAUCUACAAAGCUACAAAUCUAUGACAAAUAUAUGAAAAGCUUAGGCAUCAGUGCCUGUGCCCACAGUGACUUGCAAAGAAAAGAGAAAUGUGUGUGUCUUUUGAAGCUCUGUUCUGCCAUGGAUCUGAGCAUGAAAUUCCUUCUGAAGCCAGUGCAAGUACCUCACCUUUUUGCUUAAUGUGAGCUCGAGUAGGCAUUCAAGCUUUUGACUGUGUUGCAGGUGAGACCCAGGAGAGGAAGCAUCACAUCUCUUCUUGUUCCAAAAUACCAAUGCAGAUUGGAGCUGUGCUUAGUCAGGGUUCAGAAAAAUCAGGCCUCCUUCCGUAGGUGAUUGCAGAUGGACUGAAGUGCCUAAAUUCAGGCAACCGACUUAGACAGUUCUGGCAGUGCUCUAAGCAGAAAGGACAUACAUCAAUAUAUUUUUCUAGCUUUUCAGGUUAAGUUGGAGUCUAGUAGUAACUAACAGACUGAGUUAGUAGUAUUCCCUAUCUGAAAAUUAAGGCCAAGCUCGUAGUUGGACAGAUCUGAUGUACUGACAUCUAAUGGCCUCUGAUCUCCUACCAGUCUUACUUUGUGUCACUUCCUUUACUUCCUCAGUACAAACUGCUGAGUUAUGUGAUCGUGAGAGCAAAACUAACUGACCUUAGCUCUGCAAAGAUGUACUUCUAAAUAUCAGUGGUCUCAAGCCAUUGAGGGACCACCUCAGUGGCAGACACCAGUGCCACAGGCAGCACCCUUUGUAGUAACUCCUGAGUGAAAUAACAAACUUGUGCUUUCCAGUGCAGUCCAGAGUCUUGUUUCUGCUGGUGCCACAUGGCUCUUUUGUUUGCUUUGUGGUCCACAUGUGGGUCUUACACAGAAGGUUUUUUCUGUCAAACCUGAUUGUCACCAUUCAUGGUAUUUCCCUGAGUAACAUGUGCAUUUAGAUACUCAUUUCAUGUGUAAUCUCAGUUAAGUUGUGAUAUUUAUUAUAACAUAUAUAGUGCGUGCUAAUGAUUUUUGUUUACAUUCUGCCAAAAUGUAGACGUUAGAGUUAGACCUCCCAGGUCCAAAAUCAUCCUUGAGCAGACUGCUUGCUUCUUCAGAGGCAGGUAUUAGAAAGAGAAAAAAAACUGUCCAGAAAGACCAUUUAUAUCAGAAAUCUGCCAAGAGAGGGCUGUUAAUCACAAGCAGAGCAUGUCAUUGCUAGUGAUGUAUUUUUAUGCUAUGGAACUCUAAUCUGUAUGUGUCAUAUUGACUUCUUGCUGCAUGAAUCAUAAAUUUUAAAAAUCAGUCUUAUGGUUUUGAGAUGUAGCCAGCAUUCCUAAGGCUAAACCUUUUUCAUUGACAGAAUCAAAAUCCACAACCAAGGAAGGUUUUCCUCUCACUGUGAGAGCAAUUGAAAGUGUUCAACAUUUAUCUUUUCACAAAGGAAGAGGCAACAGAACCUCUUAAUGUGUCUUGUUAUUGUGAUCAUCUGGAAAUGAUUGCCAGACGUUUCCUUUUGAUAUAGUAAUGAAGUGAUCUGUAUUUGAAUUUUAUAGAGAGAAUUUUAUUCUAGUGUGAUAGAGAUUUAUUUUCCACUUAAAGACUCAAAAUGGUAUGAGAACAUUUUUGGUUUUGUUUUUUUUUACUAUGGUAUAUUUUUGCUUUAAAAUUAAAAACAAAACAAAAAAAGGUUUGGCCUUAUCACAAAGUUUUAGUAUAGAUGUUAGCAAAUGCAAAGAGUAUGCAUUAUUUGUGUGUAUCCACAUUGACUGAUGUCGCCUUCAAAAAGCAAUAUUGUGCAGGUAAAUAAGUUGUUUGUGACUGUCCAUUGCACAGUUUACCUUCUUUAAAAGCUAACCUUGUUU